AUGAGUAAAUCUAAAGUGUCGGCAGAAUGGAAGAAGCGUGUGAAGUCGGAAUACAUGAGGCUCCGCCAAGUCAAGCGCUUCAAGCGUGUAGACGAGGUGAAGGUGGCAUGGGCCCGUAACCUCAGGAUCAUGUCUGAGUCCAUAGAGGCUCAGGACUCUGAGAACAAUGAGCGUGCAAGGAAACCGUUCUGGCCACCACCAGCUACAUUACCAAACCACGAGACCCUCAUGAAGAGAGCUGAGGUCACUUACACUGAUGCCUCCGGAGUAGUAACAACACAACAAGUACCAAUCCGCAUAAUAAACUCGGUAAACCCAAUACCGACAAUGUAUACCUGGGCUCCUACACAGAAGAACUUCAUGGUGGAAGAUGAGACAGUUCUCCACAACAUUCCAUACAUGGGAGACGAGGUCCUGGAUCAGGACGGUACAUUCAUCGAGGAGCUCAUAAAGAACUACGACGGGAAAGUGCAUGGCGACAAAGAAGGUGGUUUCAUAGACGACCAGUUGUUUGUGGACCUGGUGCACGCGCUGAUGGCGUUCCAGACCAAGGAGGAGGUGGCUGAAGAACGCAGGGACAGAGAGGCUCGGAACUCUAAGGAGGAGAAGGAGAAAGAGAAAGAAGCUAAAGAAAAAGCAGCUUCUGAACGGAAGGACAGAGAAGCUCGCAACUCAAAGGAGGAUAAAGAGAAAGCACACUCAAGUAAGGAUAAACCAGAAGAUCGCAAAGACAGGGAAGCUCGGCACUCCAAAGAAGAAAAAGAGAAAGCAGUACCAACAGUGAUGCCCUUCCAGUCUAACGAUGACUUAGCCGAGGAGCUUAAAGAGCCGGACACUCUGAAACCUACCAUGGAAGAGGUAGAGAAAGAUAAGGAGAAGGAUAAAGAAAAAGAAACCCAGGAGAGUGAGAAAGCGGUGCCCAAUGACAAGCAGUUCCCAAUAUUCACGAUAUUCCAAGCUAUCAGCAUUCAGUUCCCGGAUAAAGGGACAGCUCAAGAGUUGAGAGAGAAGUACAUAGAGCUGACAUCCCGUAGCGACCCCAACGCUCUGCCUCCAGAAUGCACGCCCAACAUAGACGGUCCACUGGCGGAGUCAGUGUCUCGGGAACAAACGAUGCACUCGUUCCAUACAUUGUUUUGUCGACGAUGCUUCAAAUACGACUGCUUUUUACACCGUCUACAGGCAUGUCACCCGGGGCCCAACUUGACUAAGAGGAAGGGGCCCGACCUCAAGCCAUUCUCUGAACCUUGCGGCUCCAGCUGUUAUAUGCUUUUGGAAGGUAUGCGUGAGAAGUUAGCUCGCGAGAAGGCGGCCGGAGAGGAGGACAAAGGGAAGACUCACGCGAUGGACUCGCCCAACGACGCAUCCUCCGAAGAUAGCAAUGAUAGUAACCGUUUCCAGAAAGGUAGCAACAGUAACUCCAGUAACAGCAACUGGGGCAAUGGUCAGCUGAAGGCGCCCGGCGACGGGGCUGCUGAACCCGCCUACAAUGCGCUAGGCUUGACAGUGGGCGACAUAGACUCUGAGUGGACGGGGUCUGACCAGUCCAUGUUUAGAGCUCUGCAUAAGGUGUUCCCCUCCAACUACUGCGCCAUCGCUCAGGUCAUGCUCUCCAAGACUUGUCAGCAGGUAUACACAUACUGGAUCAACACCGGCCAGGAGGAGUGUCGCGUGGAGGCCGAGCUGACUCCGCCGCGCAAGAAGAAGAAGAAACAUCGACUCUGGUCCGUGCACUGCCGGAAGAUACAACUCAAGAAGGACUCCGCCUCGCAUCACGUGUACAACUACACCCCGUGCGACCACCCCAACCAGCCGUGCGACAGUAUGUGUCCGUGCCUACAGUCGCAGAACUUCUGCGAGAAAUUCUGUCAGUGCAGCAGCGAUUGCCAGAACCGGUUCCCGGGGUGUCGCUGCAAGGCGCAGUGCAACACGAAGCAGUGCCCGUGCUACCUGGGCGUGCGCGAGUGCGACCCCGACCUGUGCUCGGCCUGCGGCGCCGACGCCCCGCACCACCACGACCGCCCCGCCGGACGGACGCGCCCGCCGCAGGUCUUCUGCAAGAAUGUCUCGGUGCAGAGAGGUCUCCACAAGCACCUACUCUUGGCUCCGAGCGACGUGGCUGGCUGGGGCAUCUUCCUGAAGGACGCGGCACAUAAGAAUGAGUUCAUCUCCGAGUACUGCGGAGAGAUCAUCUCACAAGACGAGGCCGACAGACGCGGCAAGGUCUACGACAAGUACAUGUGCUCGUUCCUCUUCAAUCUUAAUAAUGACUUUGUAGUGGACGCGACACGUAAAGGUAACAAGAUUCGUUUCGCGAACCACUCCAUCAAUCCAAACUGCUACGCGAAGGUCAUGAUGGUGAACGGAGACCAUCGCAUCGGGAUCUUCGCCAAGCGAGCCAUACAACCUGGAGAGGAACUGUUCUUUGAUUACAGAUAUGGUCCCACCGAGCAACUGAAGUUCGUCGGCAUCGAGAGGGAAAUGGAAUUCUUAUGA